UUUACUUUAUAUAUAAAUAAUAAUAAUAAUAAUUCGUCCUAUCUAUAUAUAAUAUACUACGUUGUUGUUUACACUUGUCCUGCACUCACCUCUUCCUCUCCACCUCUCUCUUAUUCAGUUGCCACGAUUCCUACCGUUUCCCUAGCUAAUUCCUUUUCAUUUCUUCCUUUUUUUAUUUAUUUAUUAAGUAUAUCUUCAAUGGCGGAAGAAGCGACUCAGCACCACCAGCAGCCAUCAUCUGCCGCCAAAAUGACCGAGCACGAGAUGAAUGGAGGAUACGGCAGGCGCCGUCAAUCAGUGUGCAAAUUCAUCGUCAUCUUCCUAGUGUUGGCAGGAAUCACGGCGCUGAUAGUCUGGUUAAUUUAUAGGCCACAGAAGCCAAAGUUAGCCGCCGUUUAUGAGCUGAACACCACCACCACCACCACCACCACCGCCUCUCCUUUUAUAUCGACAACCAUGCAAUUCACUGUGGUGACCAGAAACCCCAACAAGAGAGUAUCCAUUUCGUACGAACAACUGAGUGCGUUUGUUUCGUACAAGAACGAGGCCAUCACUCCUCCGGUGAUCCUGCCCCCUUUGUUUCACCAGACAAAGAGCACCGUGUCUAUGUCCCCUGUGCUUGGAGGAAUAACGGUCCCGGUGCCGGCGGAGGUAGUUAACUCUCUGUUGAUGGACCAGACUUACGGGGUGGUGGGUCUGAGGCUGGUAAUCACUGGUAAGCUGAGAUACAAAACUAGUGUAAUUAAGCGGCGGCGGCGUUAUGGAAUAAAUGUCAGGUGCGAUUUGUUGGUGGGUUUGAAGCAAGGUUUUGUCGGACAACUGCCCCUGCUUGGAUCUCCCCCCUGCACCGUUGAUGUUUGAGUUUGACCUAUUUUCAAUUCUCGAUCUCAGCUGCUUUUCUUUUUCUUUUCUUCUUCUUUUAUUUACACCUACUUAGGUUUGUAAUAAUUAUUUAUAAUCGCUAGCUGCCUAAAUUAAUUAAUUAUAAGA